AAUUCAAACAGCAAGCUCUCCCUCUCUAAAAGCCCAACGAGGAUUUCUGCCGUCUCUUCUCCCUUCUCAGUUCUCUCUGCUACAAAACCCUACGCAGCUCAAAUUCCUCUUCCAAAAACCCUAGAUCUUCCAGGAAAUGGCAUCUUCUUCUUCUUCGAUCCCGCUCUUUGACACCGAUCUUGACGAUGCGGAACUUUGGGCAGUCAUCGAUUCUGCGGCCGCCUCCCGAUCUUCCAAAACACUCGCCCUUAAGCACGCCAAUCACCAAAAUUUCAUCCCUGCACCUAAACCCAAACGUACGUACACCGUUGAGGAAGAUCCUAGGGUUUCAGCCGAUGGGGAGGUCCUGCAGGAGCCGUGGGCUCGCCACCAGCAGCGGCCGCAGAAGAUUGCGAGGUCCUGCGAGGCGGGGUUUGGAGAAGACAACCGGAUCGUUGUGGUUAACCACCUGCAGCGGACCCCUCCAACGCCGAAGAUACCGCGGGUUUACUCGUCACCGGAUUCGGGGAGGUUCUCGGUUCAGGAGAUGGAGAGCUCGCCGUAUGGAGCCCGGCAGAUUGAGGAGAAGGAGAAUGCAAGGCAUAGCUUGUCUGGUCGGUUUCCGUCUGUAUCUCUGUUCAAGCAGUAUCAGAAUGCGGCCAUGGCGAUUCUAGAGAAAACUGACUACACCAUGAUUUCUGGAAACCCAUUUAUCAAGAAAUCAGGAUGGAGGAAGAUAUCAUUUUUCUUCAACCUUUCAUUUGAAAUCAAAGACAAGUCUAUCGAGUUUGAUGAUAACCGGAAUGUUCUGCGUUCUGAAUUUGUCGUUCGAGCAUCUAUGCAAGGUGGUAGGUUCUCAGAUGGAUGGGGCUCAUGUGAACGUCGUGAGAAAAGGUUUUUGAAACCAAACCAUGACAUUCCAAGUACAGCUGAAACCAGAGCUAAAAAUAAAGCAUGCCAAGAUCUUCUUGGAAUUGGAGAAUACCGGCCCGGUGCAAGCAAUGGCCACCGAUAGUUUGAACAUCUGUUGUGUCUGUAUGUACCACUCAAGUGCAAGCAACGGUCACUGAUAGUUCGAACAUCUGUUGUGUCUGUAUGUACCACUCAAUCCCCCUUUCAUUUUUUUUUUUCAUAUCCAUCUCAGGGGAAAAAAGAACAUUACAUAGUGGAAAGUUUUUCCAGUUUUUUACAAGCGGAAUUCAAUUGUGGUGUAUAAUUCUGCUGAUGAAAGAAGAACAUGGAAAGGGAAGAGGAAUAAAAGGAAUUCCUUUCUCAA